AAUUUUCUGUCAGUCAUCCUGUUCUCUGUAUUUGUUGUUCAAUUUCAUCAACUACUUUUUUUCCGAAAAUUUACUAGAUUAAUUAUUUCUAUAAGAAUACAUAAACUUCAAUUUAAUAAUUCUAAUAAUGGGUUCGGUUAAAGCGAUAACAGACGAGCCCCAUUUCCAAGGGGAAUUAUCUAAUGCCGGUACCAAACUCGUAGUCGUCGAUUUUACUGCCACUUGGUGCGGGCCUUGCCAGAGAAUGGCCCCAGUCUUCGAACAAUAUGCUGCCAAAUAUCCCAGAGCGGUUUUCUUAAAAGUUGAUGUGGACCAAUGUCAGGAUACCGCAGCUGCUCAGGGGGUCUCUGCAAUGCCUACAUUCAUAUUUUAUAGAAACAAGACAAAAGUUGACAGGCUUCAAGGUGCCGAUCCGGUGGCUCUUGAGAGUAAAAUUCAGCAAUAUUAUGGAGGAGAAGAGGGUGAUGAUUGCGAAGGCACUUCAGGGCAUAUGGAUCUUUCACCAUUUAUUAUGAAAGCUCAAUGUGAGUGCCUAAAUGAGAGCGACGAACACCCCUUCGUCCACGCUUUGACCUCUGCAGGAGGAUUUUUGCAAUCAGAUUGUGACGAACAGCUGAUUAUCUCUAUUACAUUCAAUCAAUCUGUGAAAAUUCACAGCAUAAAGGUGAAAGGACCCCAAGACAAAGGCCCAAAACACAUUAGGAUAUUCAUUAAUCAGCCUAGAACUAUUGAUUUCGAUUUGGCAGAUAGUUAUACUAGUGUACAAGACUUGGAAUUGACUCCGGACGAUCUGGAAGGGAAUCCGGUCAAUUUAAGAUAUGUGAAGUUCCAGAAUGUGCAAAAUAUUCAAUUGUUUAUUAAGGAUAAUCAAUCCGGAGGGGAAGUUACACAGAUUGAUCAUUUAGCGAUCAUCGGAUCCCCAAUUAGUACUACCAACAUGGGAGACUUUAAAAGAGUCGCCGGAAAGAAAGGAGAAAGUCACUAGAACUGUUGUUGCAUGGCAGGAUGUUGAUAUUUUUUCUUUUUAAUACACUAGGGCAUUUAUAUUUUUAUUGUUUAUACAUUCAUUAAUAAUAAAUGUUUUCUAGCUCUUACCAUUUAAUAAACAAAAUGAUUAUUUAAA